AUGGCACAGCACGACGGCAAGCCAUACCAGCCGCGCCGGGGCCCCGAGCGCCCCCGGCAGCCGGCGGAGGACCCGCCCGCGCCCGCCGCUGCGCCCGCAGCAGCGGACGCCGUGAUUGACCACCUCGCGGCCGUGGCUGCCGAGGCGGAGGCCUUGAACGCGUCCAUAGCGGCCGUCGCGGCCGAGGCGGAGGCGAUGAACGCGUACGAGCACGCGCAGGAGCAGGAGCAGGAGAUGGAGGAGGAAGAGGAGGAGGAGGAAGAGGAGGAAGAGGAGGAGAUGGAGGAGGACGACGACGAGGGCGAGGGGGAUGGGCAGCAUGAGCAUGGGCAGCACGGCGGCAACGGGGAGUCCGUCCCGAUGGACGCCGAGGCCGCGGCACAGGCGGCUGCUGCAGCUGCGGCCUGCGCACCGUUGGACCCGCACGGGGCGAUGGUCUCUGCGAUUGUGCCGCCCGCCACGGGUAACCAGCUCACCCUUUCAUUUCAGGGCGAGGUCUACGUGUUCGACUCUGUUUCCCCUGAUAAGGUGCAAGCUGUGCUUUUGCUGCUAGGGGGAAGGGAACUGAACCCAGGCAUAGGUGCCGGAGCAUCAUCAACUCCAUACAGUAAGAGGUUGAAUUUUCCACACCGGGUGGCAUCAUUGAUGAGGUUUAGGGAGAAGCGGAAAGAGCGAAACUUUGAUAAGAAGAUCCGGUAUACAGUUCGCAAGGAAGUUGCUCUAAGGAUGCAGCGUAAUAGAGGCCAAUUUACAUCUUCAAAACCAAAACCUGAUGACGGAACAUCUGAACUGGCAACUGCAGAUGGCUCCCCAAAUUGGGGAUCAGUGGAAGGUCGACCUCCGUCUGCUGCUGCAUGCCAUCACUGUGGUACUAAUGCACAUAAUACACCUAUGAUGCGUCGUGGACCUGAAGGGCCAAGAACAUUAUGCAAUGCUUGCGGCCUCAUGUGGGCAAAUAAGGGCAUGUUGCGGGACCUAUCAAAGUCUACUCCUCCAUCUCUUCAAAUGGUGUCAACAGGUCCAAAUGAUAGUCAGAAUGGAAACACCCUCUCUCAGCAGAAUGGAAGCACCCUCUCUCAGCAGAAUGGAAAUGCUGCCAUAGUGCCCUUUGCCGAGCAACAAAACCCAGCACCAGCGAGCGACGCCAACGGUCAUGGCCAUGGGUCUUCGACAUGA